AUGGCGGACGAACCCGAAGAUAGUAGUAAUUCCAAGAGCCGGAAAGAGAGGAAGGAAGAAGGAAAGUUGCGCAAACGACAAAGGAUUGAAGAAUCAGGCGGGGUUCGACCGCGAAGCAAGGAGCCCAAAAACUCGAAAACUAAGAGUGUGGACCAAAAGGGCAAACGAGAAGGCAACAACAAGAAAAAGAAACAACAGAAGAAUCAUGAACAGAAAUCUCAGCACCGCUUUGGCCGUGUCAUGGACCAAGUUCCCUGUCGGAAUAAACCCCGGUUUUCCACUCUGAGCAUUGCCUUACCAGGCAGCGUCCUUUCGAAUUGCCAGACACGAGAGUUAAAGACGCAUUUGGUGGGACAAAUUGCACGCGCCUGUACCAUUUAUCAUGUGGAUGAAGUCGUGGUCUUUGAUGAUAAAUUAUCCAAACGGAACAACAACAACAACAAGUCAGAAGCCAACAAUGCUGGCGAAAAAUCGGUCGAUUUUUCGUGUGCCUUUUUGUCGCGGGUGCUGCAGUAUUGCGAGUGUCCUCAGUAUCUCCGACGGACCUUUUUUCCACAGCAUCCAGACCUACAAUUUGCAGGAUUGUUACCUCCGAUUGAUGCACCCCAUCAUGUAAGAGCGGAAGAUAGAUGCAAGUACCGAGAGGGCGCUGUUCUGAAACCAAAGGGCAACGAAGAAGAGACAAGCAACCUUGUCAAUUGUGGCGUGAGAAACCGUCCCAUUGUGAUUGACCGAUCUCUCCCACCGGGUAUCCGAUGUACUGUGGAGUUGGACCCAAAGGACUAUGGCCGUCCUGGAAAGAAAAUGUCGGGCAAGGUAGUCUCCCCAGCAGCCCCCAGAGAAGACAAUGGGACCUACUGGGGUUACACCACUCGCAUUGCAGAUUCCAUCCAGAAUGUCUUUGAGGAAUGUCCUUUUGAGGGCGGUUAUGACUUGAAAAUUGGAACCAGUGAACGAGGAGAUGCGAAUAUUGAAGACCCCAAAUUCUCCUUGCCACAGUUCGCUCACUCUUUGAUUGUCUUUGGAGGAGUCGCUGGCAUUGAGGAAUGUAUUGAUGCCGAUGAAACCAGCAAGUUGCCGGGUUCAGAAAGCAAAAACUUGUUUGAUCUGUGGGUCAAUAUCUGCCCAUUUCAAGGUAGCCGUACCAUUCGGACGGAGGAGGCUGUUUUGAUCGGCUUAGCAAAGUUCAGCCCUCACCUGGCUACCAGUGGUGCAACAAUGGGCCCAAACAAUAGCAGUGAAGCGGAGAAAGGCAAAGGAGAGAACGCACCAGUAGUGGAGUUUUCGGACGGAGCAGUGUCUGAGGAAAGCAGCGAUAGCAACAGUGAAGACUCAGAAUAG